GGCGUUGCGGGUGCGGGCGCGGCGAACCAGCGGGUGCUGGCGGGGCGCGGCCGUGUCGCACGCGCACCGUCCGGCCGACCCCGCCCCCACAUCCGGGCCUUCGCUGGUCGCUGGCUGUCACUUGGGGAACACCCCACCCCCGGCUUCCUGGCCCCGCUUCGACUGGGCCACGCCUACAGGACUCAGGCUCCGCCCCUGUUCCUUAUGCAUCCGGGCCCCUAGCACCUCCGGGUUUGGCUGCCCAGCUGCAGCCCGGUGGGUGUGUGUGUUUCCGUUCGGAGACAGUCCGCUUGAUCCCUUCUGGCCUCUCCACGGUGUUCCUAGCGGCGCCGUGUUCGGAGCCUGGUCUUUGUAACCUGCGCCCCGCCCGCACCCCGUAGGCCACGGCCCUGCCCCCAAGUUAGGGACGAGGGACUGCUGUCUUCACAGGAGUUAAUUCCUGACAGAUACGCCUUUCUGCAGCUGGGACACCUCCCAGCUCCCUCCCAGAGGAUGGAACACAGGAGGUUCAGUCCACCCUUAUCCCCUACCCGCCCCUGAUGGUGACUCCUUAGGAUUGGGGCUGACGGGGUGAUUUCUCAAGGGCGUUUGCUGCUUCAGGAAUGUCCACAGGUCUUGGCGGGGUGGGAGGGGUUCCCAUGGCUGGCCCAGGCCGACCUGGGCCCAGAGGGGUUCUCCCUGCCUUUUCCUUCCACUAGGAGGAGGAACCCUCGGGGCCCAACCCGGACAUGCCGGCCCCUGCAGAGCCCAGCUUCAGUGAGACUGACAAGGAGGUGUUGUCCCCAGUUGCGGCUGCAGCAGCCACUUCCUCUUCCAUGGGGGAGGAGCCAGGCCCUGAAAGGGCAUCCACACCCCCAGUGUGGGACCGAGGAGGGCCUGGGGGGACCCAGCAGGGUGCCCCCUCAGCCCCAGACAGUGUUCAGCCCGGUCCUGGAUCCAGCCUUGGCCCGACCAGCACCGUCCCUGGGACCAGCGAGGACCUGAGGCCUCCCAGACGACGCCAACAACCAGGGAAGCAGAUACCCUGCUCCAGCCCUGGCUGCUGUCUCAGUUUCCCCAGUGUUCGAGACCUGGCACAACAUCUGCGUACCCACUGCCCACCCACACAGUCCCUGGAAGGCAAGCUCUUCCGCUGUUCCGCCCUGAGCUGCACGGAGACCUUCCCCAGCAUGCAGGAACUGGUGGCACAUGGCAAACUGCACUACAAACCCAACCGCUACUUCAAGUGUGAGAACUGCCUCCUGCGCUUCCGCACGCACCGCUCUCUCUUCAAGCACCUGCAUGUUUGCGCCGAGCAUGCGCAGAGCCCAGCCCCGCCGCCACCCCCCGCCCUGGACAAGGAGCCACCGGCGCCUGAGCGUCCCCCGGAGUCCGACACUGCUUCGGCGCCCGGCCUGCCGUUCCCGCUGCUCGAGCCCUUCACGACCCCCGCCCCUGCCCCCACCGGGCCCUUCCUGCCCUACUUGAACCCCGCGCCCUUUGGCCUAAGUCCCCCACGCCUGCGCCCUUUCCUGGCCGCGGCGCCCGGGCCGCCCGCCUCCAGCGCCGCAGUCUGGAAAAAGAGCCAAGGUGCCGGCGGCAGCCCGCGAAGACCCCAGGGCGGCUCCGACGCGCCCUCAGGAGGGAACACGCUCGGGAGCAAUGGAUCAGCCAGGCCAGACAAGCCAGGGCACGCGGCCCCGAGCCGCAUCGUGUGGGAGCACACACGCGGCCGCUACUCGUGCAUGCAGUGCGCCUUUUCCACGGCCUCGCGGCCCGCCAUGACACUGCAUCUGGAGGACCACCGCCCCAUCGCCCCCGCGGCCCCGGGGCCCGGGCAGCCGCGCCCCGACGCGCGGGCGGGUAAGGCGGAGGAGCGCUCGAGUGGGGAGGGCGGGGACCCCGAGGCGAGGGGCGGGGCCGAGGCUCAGGCGACCCCUCCUCUGCCCCACCCAGACCCGGUCCCGCUUGCACCCAAGGUGUCUCCGCUGCUGUCAGAGGGGGAGUGUCCGGUUUUCUCGCCGUUCUGAAUCCCGCCGCGGUGGGGAGGGGGGGGGAGUUGGA